AUGAUGCUGGCAUGGUUUGAACUGAACAAGGAGUGUGAAUUUGCUAGAACGCUUACCUAUGUUCAGAUUCCAAAUUAUUUUACCUACGUAAAAAGUGAAAAACGCUGGAAACGUAGAAAGAGAGGAUUCAGCAUUGGAAGAAUCAAUUACGCACCAAGGAAGAUUGAAGAUGCUUACUAUUUGAGAAUGCUGUUAAACGUCGUGAGAGGUCCAAGAUCGUUUGAGGAGAUAAAGACCUAUAAUGGUGUGUUGUACCCUGAAUUUAAAGAUGCCUGUUACGCUAGGGGCCUGCUAGAGGAUGACCAAGAGUAUAUCGAUGAUAUUUGCAGAAGAAGCUUCACAUGUCCUCCAUCACAACUUCGCCAGUUGUUUGUCAUCAUGCUUACUUCAGAUAGUCUGAUUUCGCCAGAUGUAGUUUGGUAUGCGUGUUGGGAGUUUCUUUCUGACGACAUGGAGAUGAUUAGAAGAAGGGAUCUUAAUAGACCAGCACUUACGCUAAGUGACGAAGACAAAAGGGAAUAUGCUCUCCAGGAGAUUGUAAAGUUAGUAAAAAGGAAUGGCGCUGACUGGACGAGGUUUAAAAGUAUGCCUCAACCACGGGGAGUUACUUAUUCAGCUACCGAUAAUGUUCUAAUUUUUGAUGAAAAGAGUUAUGAAAAAGAGGAGCAGAAAACAAACCACGACAGAGACUUUGCUAAGCUUACUCCUGAACAGAAGAAAGUGUAUGAGGAAAUAAUUGGUUCUGUUUUAGCGAGAAAAGGAGGAGUGUUCUUUGUAUAUGGCUUUGGUGGAACUGGAAAAACAUUUUUGUGGAGGAUUUUGUCUUCUGCAAUUAGAUACAAAGAGAUCGUUCUAAAUGUAGCUUCAAGUGGUAUAGCAUCACUACUGUUACAAGGAGGCCGCACGGCUCAUUCCAGGUUUGGGAUACCUCUGAAUCCAGAUGAGUUUACUACAUGUGUUAUGAGCAAAGGUUCUGAUCUAGCAAAUUUGGUCAAAGAGUCGUCUCUUAUUAUAUGGGACGAGGCUCCUAUGAUGAGUAGGCAUUGUUUCGAGUCUUUGGAUCGAAGUCUUUCAGACAUUAUUGGUAAUAAAGAUGGAAAGCCGUUCGGAGGUAAAGUAAUUGUGUUUGGAGGUGAUUUCAGACAAGUUCUUCCAGUAAUACCUGGUGGUGGUAGGGCACAAAUAGUAGGAGCCUCGCUUAACUCAUCUUAUCUUUGGAAACACUGCAAAGUUUUAAAACUGACAAAGAACAUGAGGCUCUUAUCUGGUAAUCUGAGUGAAGAAGAAGCAAGAGACCUAAAGGAAUUUUCAGAGUGGAUACUCGAUGUUGGUAAUGGAAGAAUAGCGGAACCUAAUGAUGGUGAAGCUGAGAUCGAAAUUCCUGAGGAAUUCCUUAUAAUGGAUGAAGAGGAGCCUAUUGAAUCUAUAAGCAGGAAGAUCUAUGGAAAUUCCGAGGCUCUGCAGGACAACACGGAUCCAAACUUUUUCCAAGGAAGAGCAAUUCUUUGUCCUACGAACGAAGAUGUCGACAAGAUAAACCAGCACAUGCUAGACAAAUUGAAUGGAGAGGAACGAAUUUAUCUCAGCUGUGAUACCUUGGAUCCUUCAGACUCUUCUUCUAUGAAUGACGAGGCUCUAAGCACGGAAUUCUUAAACAGCAUCAGAGUUGCUGGCUUACCUAACCACAGUUUGAGACUGAAGGUUGGGUGUCCGGUGAUGUUGCUAAGGAAUAUUGAUCCAAUAGGAGGUCUAAUGAAUGGAACAAGGCUGCAAAUUACUCAACUAGCUGACUUUAUGGUAGAAGCUAAGGUUAUUACCGGAGACAAGAUUGGAGCGAAAGUUAUCAUUCCUCGACUCACCAUUACACCAUCAGAUGCGAGGCUUCCAUUCAAAAUGAGAAGAAGACAAUUGCCUCUAUCUGUUGCUUUUGCCAUAACUAUUAACAAGAGCCAAGGCCAGUCCCUGUCAGAGGUUGGAAUUUACUUGCCAAGACCCGUUUUCUCUCACGGACAACUCUAUGUUGCUAUCUCCAGGGUUACGUCGAAAAAAGGAUUGAAGAUUUUGAUCGUGGAUAACAAGGGCAAGCCACAGAAGAAGACAACGAAUGUUGUCUUCAAAGAAAUUUUCCAGAAUCUCUAA